AUGUUGUUGUGUACAGCUGGAUCGCCGACGUACGGUUCGAGCGGCAGCGGCGGCGGCGUGGUGCUGAGCGAGGAGUACGCGCCGGAGGGCGGGGGCGGGGGAGGCGGGGGGUCGGGUGAGGGCGGCGGGGGGUCGCUGCCCGCGUUCAGCUCGCGGUUCGGCAGCGCCUUCGCCACCUCGCGCCCCUCCACCGUCUACGGAACCCAGGCCAUCGCCACCAACGCAUACGCACACCAGGAGGUAUGGAGUUUAGACAGCAGUCGAAGGCCACAGGUGUCCGCGGCAGCCCACCUCUCAGCCAGUCCCGACAAAAAGUCGCCUCUUUUAGAGCGCAUCGCGUCUGGCCGCCGCUUCGGGCCGCUCAGGCCGCGGUUCGCAUUCCUUAAAUGGUAUCGGAUAAGGCACGUGCCGCAAACAGCGACUUUGUCUCCGCCGAUAUUUGCUCGCGACGUCACUAAUGUGGUCCCUUAUCGCCCAGCGCCGCCCGACAGCGCGCUGCUUAGCGCCAUUAGGGCAUAUCUUCCGGCUGACUUUAUCACCGAGGGGCGCGAGUGCGUGAACUGCGGCACCGUGCAGACGCCGCUGUGGAGGCGCGACUGCACCGGCCACUACCUGUGCAACGCGUGCGGCCUCUACAACAAGAUGAACGGCAUGAACCGGCCGCUGAAGCAGCCGCGGCGGCUGGUACGUCAGCGGCACGCGGCGCUCGCUCCGGCCGCGCCCGCUACCGACGUACGCAUCUCCUCGCCCCGCACUAUCCGCACCGCCCCGCACAUGGCGGCCGAGGGAGCCCCGCCGGGCGCGGAUUACUACAAGGGUUUCCUGUUAAACGGGCUCGCGCCGCACGCGCAUGCCCACGCGCACGCGCACGCCUUGACCGCGCCCUCGCCGCUCGGCGCCGCGUCGCACGCCGCCUCCACUCCUCCUGACUACAAACAGAAGAAAGGGGCGGGCACGAAGCGGCCGGGCACGACGUGCACGAACUGCCGCACGAUGACCACGUCGCUGUGGCGCCGCAACGCGCACGGCGAGACCGUCUGCAACGCGUGCGGACUCUACUACAAGCUGCACAACGUCAACAGGCCACUCGCCAUGAAGAAAGAUGCUAUACAGACAAGAAAGCGAAAACCAAAGAACGGCAUGAAGUCGGAGCGGAACAUCAAGACUGCGGUCCAGCGGACGCUCGCGUCCGGCGUCAAAAUGGAGAAUUUGUUGGAGAGCAGCGGAGUAGGCGUCGGUGUAGGGUCGGGUAUGGGCGUCGGCACCGCGCGCCCCCCGCUGGGGUACUACGGCGGCAUGAAGCUGGAGGACGGCGCCGCGCUAUACGACGCGCCCGACUACCGCCGCGCCACCAACGCGACCCACGCGACCCACGCGACCCACGCGACCCACGCGACCCACGCGCCCGGGCCCGACAUCGGCGAGCGCCCCACCGUCGUGUCCAUGGGCAGCUGA